UUGUGUUUGUUGAAGGAUCCCACAGCCUGCAGACAGUUUAUAUGAAAUGGAGAUCACAGCGCAUUCCUAAACGCAUGUAGCCAUUAUACUGUCAUUGAUUGUAAGAAAGUGUGCGCUCUAUUUAUAAUUUCUGCGCGUAACGUUGCGCCUCCGUCAUUAACCCAUGUACAUCCAUCUGGUCGCGCCGCAUCAGCUGUGUGGACGUCACAGAUUUUUUUUUCCUCUUUCCUCACCUUCCCCUUCUCGUUUUUUUUCCAUCAGAGCAUCUCUGUCCUUCUGCUCUCCCUCUUUCUACACCGCCCACUCCUUCCCAACCAUUGAUCCGACCACUCACCGCCGCCUCGCCGGCUUCUUCGCCUCAUUACAUCGCCCGCUUGCGCUUUUCUGCAUUUUUUAGGGAAAAGAAAACGCACAAAUAAUAAUAGACCAAAUAAAACAUCACCAUGGCGGGCACCGAGGAUAAAGCGACCAACAAGGAGAACGUGUCUAGCUGGAAGGACUCCUUCUAUAACCCGAGGACCGGGGAGGUGCUGGGUCGCACGGCCAGCAGCUGGGCCCUCAUUUUGUUGUUCUACUUGGUUUUCUACUGUUUCUUGGCUGGUAUGUUCGUCCUGACCAUGUGGGUGAUGCUGCUCACUCUGGAUGACUAUGUGCCAAGGUACAGAGACCGAGUUCCCCAUCCAGGAUUGGUGAUUCGUCCAGCAUUGGAAAUCUCAUUCAACAAAUCCAACCCACUCACGUAUGUGAAGUGCGUGCAGGAGCUGGAGACCUUCCUACAAAGGUAUAAUGAUACAGAGCAGGAGAAGAAUGAGGACUGCCCUCGAGGAAAGUACUUCAUGCAGAACGAAAGCAAGGAGAUGGCAAAGAAGGCUUGUCGCUUCAAGAGGGGCAACCUGACCUCGUGCUCCGGCCUUUCUGAUACCAGCUUUGGAUAUUCUGAGGGAAAACCCUGCGUGCUGCUCACAAUGAACAGGAUCAUUGGCCUGAAGCCCCGCGGGGAACCCUACAUCAACUGCACAAUAAAAAGAGAUGCCCAAAUUGAAAUGCAGUAUUUUCCCAAUAAGGGGCUUAUUGAUUUGAUGUAUUUCCCCUAUUAUGGAAAGAAAGCCCAUGAGAAUUACACGCAGCCCCUGGUGGCUGUGAAGCUGCUGUUCACCAAGGAGGAGUACAACAAGGAUCUGACGGUGGAGUGCAAGGUAGAGGGGUCUGACCUCCGCAACAACGACGACAGGGAUAAGUUCUUGGGCCGUGUCAGCUUCAAGAUCAAGGUGGUCGAGUAAAACAGAAAGUGAGCAGUUAAAGGAAACCUGAUGCUGAAGCUGCCCACAUUUGCUAAGGAUUUAUGUUUUAAAAAAAAAUUUAAAAAGGAAGGAAGUGUCAAAUACGUCACAAAGGCAGCAUUUUGGGAUGUGGCCAAACCCUCUCUUGCAGAUUAGUUUGGUUCCAGUAGGAAAGCCAGUUACAGAUAGUGAAUGCUGCUUUGAUGACUUCUCUGACCCUUCUUUUCUUUGCGACUCCUGUUGAUCUCUUCAAAGAUCCCCAGAACAAGACACAGGCUCCGUUCCUCACCACUCAUACUUUCAUUCACCUCUUGCACUGUUCCUUCUUCACUGAGUAUAUUUCUAUUUUAAUUUUUUUAGUAUUGGUCUGAUUAGAUACGGUAUAGCCAUUGCAACCAAGCCAUUUGAAGGUGUUGUGUAAUUGCUGAUACAACUUUUUUAAAAUCUUUUUUAGAUCUUCCUGCUGUCAGGAAGAGAAUGUUGUUUUCAUCUCUCCAAACUGUAUGAAUGAUACUAAUUAUAGCAGAUGUUGAAAAGAUUUUUAUCUUUCUGUAUAGUAUAAUUGAGAAAGUAGAACAUUCAUUCCAACACAUCUCCAGAGUAUUAUCACACCACAAAGACUCCAUAGCAACGUACCUUGAUAAUCAAGUAUAACUAUUACAUCCCUGUAUAUGAAAUGCCAGUUACAAAGUCCCUUUUUACAUAUAAAUACAUUGUGAUCCGUACCAUAUUUAGGGAAUUAUAGAUAGAUCUUUGUGUUGUGGUCUGCGUAGCCACAACCAAGUCUUGUGCUGUUUGUCUGUCUGUCUGCAUGUCUGUUGGUCUGUCUGCCCAUCAUGCUGUUUACUCACCUCCACACUGCAAUAGCGAACAUGUGGGUGAGCCCUCCAGGACUAGAUAAGUUGUCUCGCUCCACCUCACGGGGUGCAGCGUAUUGAUGGUGGCUGAGGCAACACACAAAAGGUACAAUGUAAAAAUAGCUUCUAAGGCAGAGAGGCGCUGGAAAAGCAUUGCAAAAAUAAAAAAGUUCACUGUAACUAUGUACUGUAUAUCUUUACGUGAUCUGUAUAUCUAUCUGGGUCUCAAAGAUUGUUUGAUAGUUUUCUCUCUUCUUCAGCCUAUUGAUCUGAUUGUCUGCCAAUCUAUUACUCUUCAAUAUAUAUGUAUGUACACUAGCUGCCAUAUUUACUUAAUUCACACUGUAUUUUUGUCACAAAACACAAUGUCUGUGCACUGUAAAGAAAUAAUUUAAGCAAAGAUUUACAGGAAAUUAUUUAAAGCUAUGUUUACACAGUCUUAAAAGGAACCCACAUUUGAAAGAAAAACGUGUAACAUCUCUUCAGGGUGCCUUAAGACCUGAUGAAAUAAAUUGUGGAAUAAAAGUGAUUUUGAAGAAAAAAAAAAGAAUUUCUUAAUUGGCCUGUAGCUUUUUCCAGUGGUGGGGAAAGUAUUAAUUUCCUUUACCUAGAUGAAAACACCAGUACAAAAUAUAAAGAUAGUCACAAAUACAAAGUUUGAAACGUUACAAAGUGUGGUAGCAAAGUUAUUAAAUCAACAAUAGCAAUGUACAGUAUCGGGGCGUAAAUAGCAUUUUAAUGUUAAUUUACUCUUGGUUGAAGAGUUUUUAGUUAUCACCACUUUAUAUACAGUUUAGUCAAACUGUUCCAUUCAGACCUGUCCCAAAAUGUCACAAGAAUUGGUUUACUGCGGCAAAAUGUGUAUUCAUUUUUGAACAUUUAUGUUUGUUUUUAUACUGAAAUAUUGAAACCUCUUUUGGCCUGGAACAAUUUUACAAAAAUGUAUCCCUCUGAAAAUAGAAAAAAUGUCUUGUUUUUGGUGGCACUGCCAACAACUUGUAGACAUCAGAAACACCACAAGGGGCCGAAACGUGACACUGCUGCUUUUGUGAGAGGUUAUGUAAGAGGCCUGACAGGUUGGGGACCACUGAUUUAAUCUUACUGUAUAUGCAUAUAUGUUUUUAUGUACAGUUAGAAUCUUAAUUUGUAAAAUAACAUGGCUAUAAUAGUGGAGUAAAAUGUACCUGCCUUCCCUGAAAUGUAGUGGAGCUGAAGUAUAAAGUAGUGUCUAAUUUACAUACUCAAAUCAAGAACAUGAACCUUAAAUUUCAGUUACAGUAAGAACAUUUGAAUAAUCGCAGAUAUACUGUACACCACCGGUGUUAAAUGAAAUAAACUUUAGAUCAUCUAGACACACAAUUUAAUAUGGAAAUUAAACGAAGGACUCUCUAAAUGGCUAUUUAGAAAUAAAAUGAAACAAUAUAUAAUACACAAGAUUUUGAAAUCAUGGUUGUUCAUGUGCUUUAUAAAUUGACAGGCAGAUUGAGUGAGAUUGUGUCUUGGCAGUCUUUUGCCAUGAAUCUGUAAUCACUCGCUCA